GCAUGCUGAUGGAGGAUGGCAUCGUUGACAAGUUUGUCUACCAGUACCCUGACCAGCCAAAGCUCCUGCAGGCCGAGCAACACUUCGUCCAGAUCCUCUCCACCGCAGCCACCGCCUCCUUCGACGCCCAAGAGUCCUCGGCACCAGAUGCGCUUGCCUGUGCCUUGCUGCCCAGCAAGGUACAGGAUCCAGCUUUCUUCUGGAGUGGCACGGUGGAGCUCAGCAGUACCUUGUUUCCCCUCGAGUGCAGCACCGUCAUGAACAAGAUGUCGCACAUGGCAUUCUUCAAAGGCAUAGAGGAGGCCAAAAUGUUCUUGCCUAGAGACAAUGAUAUGGUGGAUAGUAGGGGGUGUAAGAACAAGUUUGACAUGGGUGGUGUGACGGAGCCAGCCAUGGGCAGGAGCAGCAAGCGGAUAGCGGUGAUGGUGCAAACUGACACGGAGGACGACGAGCUCAAGAAGAUGUUGGACAGGCUCAUCCUCGAUGGUUACGACAGGUACCCCGGUGAGAUGCAGGACAUACUGAUCACUCUGGACAAGGAGAACAUCCGCAGACAUAGGAGGCGCGGUGCCAGACAGAUGGCGGUGACUGACCUGGAAAUGCUACUGAUCCGCUGUGCGGAAGCGGUGGCCAGCAACAACCGGUCCAGCGCAAGCGAGCUUUUGGAGCGGAUCAAGUGGCACUCCUCGUCAAGAGGGAACGCUAGGCAGCGGCUGGCACAUUACUUCGCCCAAGCGCUGGAGGCCCGGCUGGCUGGCACCGGGAGGCAGUUCUACCAGCCGCUCAUUGGGACACGUACCUCCAUUGUGGAGCUUAUUAAGGCACACCAUCUGUACAGCGCCACCUUCUGCUUCGUCAAGGUGGCAUUUCUCUUUUCCAACAAGACCAUCUACAAUGCCGUUGCAGGGAGGAGGAAGCUGCACAUUGUGCACUAUGGCAUCAACACCGGAUUGCAGUGGCCGGACUUGAUCCGGUGGCUGGCGAACAGGGAGGGUGGGCCACCAGAGGUGAGGAUGACCAGCAUCGACAGGCCCCAGCCUGGAUUCCGUCUGUCUGAGCAAAUCGAGGAGGCAGGGCACCGACUCGACAAUUAUGCAAGCAAGUUCGGCGUGUCAAUCAAGUUCCACGCCAUCACAGCUGAGCCGGAGGCUGUUCGGGCUGAGGACCUCCACAUCGAUCCUGAUGAGGUGCUUGUCGUGAACAGCCUAUUCCAGUUCAGGAACUUGAUCGACGAGAGCCUUGACUUUGACAGGGUAAGCCCAAGGGACAAGGUGCUUAACACUAUCAAGAAGAUGAAGCCAUCCGCGUUCGUCCAUGCCAUCAGCAAUGGGUCAUACGGCUCGACAUUCUUCAUGACGCGGUUCCCCCAUGUGUUGCACAACUUCACAGCAAUGCUCGAUGUGAUGGAGACCAUGAUUCCACGAAAUAACGACAAGAGACUGCAGGUGGAGCGGGCCUUCUUUGCACGGUCUGCCAUGAACAUGAUUGCUUGCGAAGGUGCAGACAGGGUGGAGCACCCUCAAAACUACAAGGAGUGGCAGACGCGAAGCCACCGGGCAGGGCUGAGGCAGUUGCCAUUGGACCCUGAUAUAGUUCUGAUGCUCAAGGAAGAAGUGAGGAAUCGGUACCACAAGCAUUUGAUGAUCAACGAGCAUCACUGGUGGCUUCUGCAGGGAUGGAAAGGUCGGGCGCUCUAUGCCCUCUCGACAUGGGCAGCUGAUGACGCUGGUGGUUCUGAAUUGACAUAGAUAUAGAUAGGUUGAGUACCGAUGGAUAUACGUUUAUUCUGGUGUUUCUAUGUCAUGUAUGCAUAGUACAUAGCUUUUCAUAACUUUUGGUAUGUGUUUGUCUGCUGCAGCUUCAGAUGUGUUUGUUCUUAUUCUCUUUUUUUUGUAUCUGUAACUCAGGUACAAGAAACCAUGCUCAGGUUGUCCAGUUGCACCUGUUUCUCAGUCUGACAAGGUGGCUGGAUAUCUAUCUUCAGUUUUCUGAAUCAUACAUGAUAUGAUAUAUGAGGAUCUGGGCACUAUAUAGCAUGGCCAGUUGGUAGUGAUUCACUAAUUCUACAUGAAGCAAUAAGUCUGGUAAGAUGGCUGGAAUGUAUUGAAAUUGCAAAUUGUUUCCAUGUCCUGGUUAGUUCCUGAUGCCUGCUCAAGGUUCCAGUUGUUGCAGCACCAGAUGUCUAGCAUUCCUGUACGCUGGUAUGAUGUUUCCUCAAGUAGUCAAGGUGCAGAGGUCAUUUUAUCGUUCUCUAAUCUCUCUACCUGUUUUUUAUUCCAUGUGCUUUAGUUUUUUUUUCUUAAUGUACAUUGGAAAGUACACCUCAUUUGUAUUUUCAGUUGGGUCUUGACACUCGUAUGCAGAAGAAUGGAGAGAAAAAUCUGAAAGACGUAAAAGCACUCAUAUAUAUGCACCCCGACAGACAUACGCAAGGCCAACUCAGGGUCUCAGGCACAUUGCAUAUGAUGUUUUGGAGCACCUGGUUGGAAAAUAGAGUGCAGAGAUCUAACACCAUUGUUUUUCUCUC